UAAAAGUCACAUCGCGCUGAGGAUGAAGUCGCACGUGCUGAGCGAAGAUUCGGAAAAUGUAAAAAUGGAAAGCGAGCCCGCGCAAAAUAGUGUGUCGGCAGUGAAAUCCAUAGAUUCGACAAUAUUCGAUUCCUUCAAGGGUCUUACAAGUGCAGAAGAAGUAGAGCGGGUGAAGUCAGGAUUGCGUUUGAUUCAACAUUUGGCCAGAUCACAAAAUAACGACCAGAGAGACAAGGAAGUGAAAUAUGUCAUCAAGCGGCUGGUGCGAGGCGUCGGGGCUUCUACUACGACGUCAAGAGCCGGUUUCUUCACGACCCUUGUCGGCUUCCUUCAAACCGUAAACAGCGAGGAAUUGGAGGCGAAAUCCGUUCUAGAUAUUGCGGCAAAGCAACUUCACGUGGGAAAAUCCGUGAAUAAUAAGGAAGAUGCCGAUGCUAUCGUGGGGCAAAUUCUAACAUGCGGAGCUCUUAUCAGAUCCAAAAAAAUAUUUGCCGAUACUCAAGAAGGGCUCGAACGAUUAUGCCAGACCUUAAUUGCCGCGUCCAAACAUCGAACAUAUCACCAUGCACUUGCAAACACGUUCCUCGCAGAAGUUUUCGAAAACCUUUCAGAAACACAAUUCACCGAAAUCGUCUGGCCAAUAAUAUCUUCGGAGCUGUGCCAGUCGUGGGAGAAACAGACGAUUCACACUCUCCACAGCCUCAUUGCGGCGGUGAAAAAAUUCCCCACCACUUUCACCCCACAAUUCCUGAAGUCAAACUUUGGCGGAAAUAGUCUCUUGAAUGCUCGAAGUGCCAAUCAACUAUUCAAGCUUUUUUGGGAAAACACUUCGGCCUCGGCGAUUGCACAUCCAUCAUUCGAGUCUUUUGGGAACUAUAUAGCCAGUAGCAAGUAUCUGGAGACAUUUUGGUUGACUGAAGUCGAUGGGUCAAUCAAGUCACCGACAAAGUUGCGUGAAAUAGGCACAUUGAAAAUCUUAUCAGACAUUUUGGGAGCGGCUGAUCCAGAAAAAUUUAAAAUAUCGAAAUUCCUUACUAAGAAUUUCGUCAAUAUGAUGGUGGAGUCUUUGAAGAAAGUCAAAUUUAAGAAAGAGGACACGUUGAAGGCAUUUUAUGAUGCGUUCCUUGAAGCGUUAUUCAAAUGGACUGGGAAGGUGAAAGAUGAUGAAGAGAAAGUUGAAAUCAUCCAGAAAUUGAUCUUUCAUCCGGGGAGCGUCAACUUGGAAAAAUACACAUCGCAACGGGUCAUUCAUCAGAUAAUCACGAAUCUAGGGGAAGAUGGUGUCAAGCAAACAUUCGAUGUUUACAAGAAAAUAUUUUUGGCGAAUAUUCAAAAAAGCCAAGCCAAUUCUGACUUCGAAUGGUCGAAUGCGGAGCGACAAUGUGCAGGGUACAUGUUGCAGCAUUUAAUGGGCCAUAAGAAUGUUCAAGCCGCUUUGGAAUGGCGACAGGAACAACUGAAAUUUUUCAUGAUUUGCGCUCUUUUCUACACUAACGACGGAGAUAAGAUUGUCAGUAAAAAAGAAGAUAACGAAAAGAUUACAGCGGAUCUUGCCGCACAAAUGAAAAACGUAUUCUAUUCGAGUCUACAACACAAACUGCCCCGAUUGAAGGACGAAAGAAAUAUAUUGUUCUCGCUUGUGAAUUGUUGUGAUGAAGUAUUGCAAAAAAAGAACCCCAACAAGUUUCUGAGAAAUUCCGUAGAAGAAAAGAUUCUGAAAGCUUGGAAAGAAAUGCAUGCCGAAGUUUUAAAAGAUAAAAAUGCUGAGAACAAAUUAAAGCUCGUUUUUCAUAUUCUUUUACUUCAUAUGGGUUUGCAGUUAUUCCGUGAACCUGAAAUGGCUGAGAAUGCAAUUUGGGAUUUGGAGAAGUGUAUGGCGAAGACAAACCAACAGGGAAAGAAAAAGGCUGGAGGGAAGUCAAAAUCUUCUGGCGGAGAUGGUAACGAAGAACCAGAGUGGAUCGAGGUCGUUGUCGAUCUGUUUCUUCACUUACUUUCUCAGAAUACCAGCUCACUCAGAAACGUGGUGAAUGCAAUGUUCCCGCAUCUGUGUGACAGCCUCUCACUUACAGCCGUGCACCAAAUUUUGUCGGUGUUGGAUAUGCAGGAUGGCAAAAAUCCUUUGAGUGAUGCAGCUGAUCAGGAAGAUGAAAAUUUGGAUGACGAAGAUGAAGACGAAAAGGAAUCAGACAAGAGCGAUGAAGAUGAAAGUGACGUUGAUAUGGAAAACAAUGACGACGAUGAUGAUGAUGAAGAUGAAGAGCUGGAAGAAGAAGAGGAAGAAGAAAGCACAUAUACCGAUGUGUUGAGAAAUGCUGUGUCCAACGCCCUUAUCGGUGAUCGGGCAGAUGACGAGGUUUCUGUCGACUUGAACGAUAUGGACGAAGAAGAGGGCAAACGGCUUGACGAAGCAUUAUCUAAUAUUUUCAAAACGAUGAUGAAACCCAAACAAUACAAAAAAACGAAAGGGUACCGGGUCGAGACCACGACGACAAUGCAUUUCCGAAUUCGAGUGCUUGACUUAAUUGAAAUUUACAUCCAGCAUAAACCCAACUUGCUCAUCAUGGUUGAAAUUAUGAUAACGCUGUAUAAUAUGAUUGAACACUGCGCCGAUGCCGAAUUGAAACCACUUGCAAAUAAGGUGGAAAAGGUUUUAGGAAAGUUAACAGCUUUGCGCCAUUUCGUAACGAUUGAGGACAUUACAGAGAAGAAUAUUAGCGACUAUUUACGAAUUGUCAUUGAUAGGAAAGUGAAUGCCCCCAUUUUCGAGGUACAUAAUAAAAUGAAAUCGAAGUGUUGCGUCUUCCUAAUUGCAUGCACAAAGGUUUUACGAGAUGAAAUUGGAGAUUCUGAGGCGCCAUCGGAUGUUGUGAAUCUACUUGAAGAUUAUUUAGACGAUUUCAUUAAAUCCCGUAACCCCACUCUCACAUCAACUAUCCUGAAUGAUGUUUUUAAAAUGCGCUGGACUGGCAUCUGGCAAUUGGCGAGUCACCUAGCAACGAAUGGCUUAUCACAAUCAACACGGACUUAUCGGAGGAUUCAAGUCAUUGAAAUUAUUGACACAUUGUACAAAAAUCAUGAGCUAAUUCGGCAAGAUCAAAAACUCUCUAAGAAACCUUUGAAACUGAUUGAAAAGCAAAUUCAAGCCGUCGUUCAAUCUCUGGUCGACGUAGAGAAUGUCUCCCUUAAAGAGUUCAACACUUUGCUCAAUACACUUUCCUCAACACACAGAUGCCAUACGAAGACCGGGCUUACGAGUCACCUUGAUAACUCAACCCUGUGCGAAAACAUUCAAACGAUUCGUAAGAAAAUAAAACUGGAAAACUUACAAAGUUAUGGCCGUUUCUGCAGCGCUUAUAAUAUAAAAAUGAUUCGUAACGAUGAAGUCUCUAACCAAAAUCUCAAGAAUCAUUCAAAGCUAACGAACGGACACGCAAGUGUGCUUCAUAAUGGAGAUCAUCAAGAAACAGCGGAAGAUGAAAGCUCUGACGAAAAUAUACAACACACCAAGAAAAAGAAGAAAAAUGCAGAGAAGAAUGGUAACGUAGUUAUAGCAAAUGGAAGUAAGAAGCGGAAAGCUCCUUCCAAUGCUGUUGUAGACAAAAGGAAAGAAAAAAGGCUGAGAAAGGAGGAACGGAUGAAGGCUCUUUCGAAGGGAUUAGGUGAUUUUAAUAACAGUGCAGCCACAGGACUAGAUGCGAGUAGUAGCGACGAAUAGUUAAAAACGAGUUUAUUUUAAGGAAGUAAUUUAAGGCGAUAUAUGUUACAAUAUUUUGUAAAGUAUAUUUCUUUAUGUUUAUAAAUAUAACAAAUGUAUUUGUACGAA